CUCGGAUGGCGCUAGUUCUCCUUUUGAUCUUUGGCCACUACCAUGCCCCGCGGACCUCGCCAUCACUUGAAGCGCAUGAGCGCCCCCAAGCACUGGAUGCUUGGCAAGCUCGACGGUAUCUGGGCUCCUCGCCCUUCGUCGGGUCCCCACAAGUUGCGUGAAUGCCUUCCCUUGAUCAUUAUCCUUCGCAACCGCCUCAAGUAUGCGUUGACCAAGCAAGAAGUGACCAUGAUUGCCAUGCAAAAGCUCGUCAAGGUCGACGGCAAGGUUCGCGUCGACCCCAACUACCCUGCUGGUUUCAUGGACGUUGUCGAAAUCCAAAAGUCGGGUGACGCGUUCCGCUUGUUGUACGACACGAAGGGCCGCUUUGUGAUUCACCGUGUGAACGAUGAAGAGAAGAAGUACAAGCUUGCCAAGGUCAUCCGCCAAGAAUUGACGUCCAAGCAAAUUCCUUACAUCGCCACGAACGACGGCCGCACGAUCCGCUACCCGGACCCGUUGAUCAAGGUCAACGACACGGUCAAGAUCGACUUGGAAACGGGCAAGGUGGUCGAUUUCAUCAAGUUCGAAACCGGCAACUUGGUCAUGAUCACCCGUGGUCGCAACGCCGGUCGCGUCGGCACUUUCCACCACCUCGAACGACAUGCCGGUUCGUUUAACAUUGCCCACAUCAAGGACUCGACUGGAGCUGACUUCGCCACCCGUGUCGGCAAUGUGUUUGUGAUCGGCAAGGAAAACCGCCCGUGGGUGUCGCUUCCCCGCGGCAAGGGUGUCAAGCUCAGCAUCAUUGAAGAGCGCAACUUGCGCGAAACCAAGGCUGCCCAAAAGCACUAAAGCAUCCAUGUCGUUGGCUCACGUAGGUAACCACUUGCUUGCAUUACAAUGAAAGGAGAACAUUGAGAUGCUUAUCGUCUUUGA